UUUUUUGUAUUGUCAAAUUGAUUGAUCAAUAAUCUCCUUCAUCAAAAAGAUCGAUUUUUCAAGAACUGAAUUCAUUUGUUUUUCAUUCGAAUCUCAAAACAAAUAUGUCGUUGGAAGAUCCAUUUUUAAUUGUUCAAAAUGAAGUAUUCGAUGCUUUACAUAAGCUUCGAAAUAAUUUCACUCGUUGGACCGAAUUACAAUCAAAUCCAAACGAAUUAUCCCGCGAAGAUUAUUCAGCUUUUGUAACUGAAUUGAAAAAUGGUCUGAAAAGUAUCCAAUGGGACCUUGAUGAGUUGGAAGAAUCUCUCGGUACGUUUGGCCGAAAUGCUUACAUUAUAAAUGAAUUAACUUUACGAUUAUUAUUUAUAGAAAAUGGUGAAAGAGGAACUGCGUUGGACGGUAAUGAACUGACAAAACGUAAAUCAUUUAUCAAUAAAACACGUGAUGAAAUUCAAUCAAUGACCGAACAGCUAACAAAAGGCAAUAAUAUAUUCAAAAAAGUUGAUUAUACAAUCAAUUUUGGUUCACAACAAUUACCUGGACAAACCGGUACAAAAUAUUAUCGUUUGAUUAAUGAACCAGAAAGUUCUGCAAAUGCGAAACUAACGUUCGAUGAUGAUGAAUCCCAUAAAUCACCUUAUGUACCAAAUCAUUCCAUAACAUUAGACGAGGCUGAUCACGCAAUCAAUGUUAUUAAUUCAAGACCGAAUAAAAUGGAAAGUAUAAGGCGGCUAUGGUUAAACAUCGAUGAAAAACAAAAAGUCAUCGCUGGUUUUGCAGGAACGGCAAUCAUUGUUUUAUUAAUGUUUUUCCUUUGGUAAUUAAAUUGGUUGCAAUAUAUGAGGAUUACCAUGAUGCAACACAUCCAAAUGCAGCUGUAUACAAUAUAAAAUUGAAAUAAUAAUGUUUA